AUGGCCGAUAAGCAAGAUUGGCGAAGAGAGGAUGAAGAUGAAGGGGAGCAAGAGGUUGAUGAAAACAGCUACAAGGCGCAGAAGGACGCUAUCUUGCUCGCGAUAGAUGUGAGCAAGUCCAUGUUGGAGCCGCCGCCACCUUCAGAUUCCAAGAAGGCAGACCGUGAUAGUCCUGUGCAAGCGGCCUUAAAAUGCGCCUACCACCUGAUGGAGCAGCGCAUCAUUUCCAACCCCAAGGAUAUGAUGGGUAUCCUUCUUUUCGGCACUGAAAAGUCCAAGUUCCAAGACUCGGGCGACGGCCGGGGUGGUUUGGGCUACCCGCACUGCUAUCUGUUCACUGAUCUCGACGUUCCUGCGGCCGAAGAUGUGAAGGCUCUAAAGGCCCUAGUCGAGGAAGGUGAAGAUGAAGAUGAGGUUUUGACACCUUCCGAUGAACCCGUCAGCAUGUCCAACGUGCUAUUCUGCGCGAACCAGAUCUUUACGACCAAAGCGGCAAAUUUUGGAAGCCGUCGUUUAUUCAUUGUGACCGACAACGCCAAUCCCCAUGCUUCAGAUAGACAAGCCAAGUCUGCUGCGGCUGUUCGAGCCAAGGAUCUCUACGACCUCGGGAUUAUGAUAGACCUAUUUCCAAUUACCAGAGGAGACAACACUUUUGACGUACACAAGUUUUACGAUGAUAUAAUAUAUCGCGACCCUGUUGGAGAAGCAAACAUGUCUGAGGUUCGAACAUCAAAAUCGGGAGAUGGAUUGACUCUACUCAGCUCCCUGAUCUCGAACGUCAACUCGAAACAGACGGCAAAACGAGCUCUUUUCUCAAACCUGCCAUUCGAGAUCGCGCCGGGACUCCGUAUCUCUGUCAAAGGGUACAAUAUCGUGCAUCGUCAAGUUCCAGCCCGGACUUGCUACAUCUGGUUGGAUGGCGAAAAGGCGCAGAUUGCUUCAGGCGAAACCACACGUAUUGCGGAGGAUAACGCCAAAGUAAUCGAAAAGGGAGAUAUAAAGAAGGCCUACAAGUUUGGGGGUGAAUAUGUUUACUUUACCCCUGACGAACAAAAGUCGUUGAAGGACUUUGGAUCGCCCAUUAUUCGCAUCAUUGGCUUCAAGCCCCGCAGCUCGCUUCCUGUAUGGGCCAGCACCAAGAAGUCUACAUUCAUUUUCCCAAGUGAAGAAGACUACAUUGGUUCAAGUCGAGUUUUUACAGCGCUAUGGCAGAAGCUUCUCAAGGACGACAAAAUGGGCAUCGCUUGGUGCAUCACUCGUGCCAAUGCGCAACCGAUGCUGGCCGCUAUCAUACCGUCUAGAGAACGGUCUGACGACGACUCAGGCACGCCUUACCUGCCUGCCGGUCUCUGGAUCUACCCUCUACCGUUCCAGGACGACUUGCGAAACAUCAACCCUCCAAGCGAGGUAUUGCGAACCUCUGACGAGCUCACGACGCAAAUGAGAACCAUCGUCCAGCAGCUUCAACUGCCCAAAGCGAUGUACAACCCAUCUAAAUACCCUAACCCAGCUUUGCAAUGGCAUUACAGAAUUCUCCAAGCCCUAGCGCUGGAAGAAGAAGUGCCCGAAAAAGCAGAUGAUGCAACAGAGCCCAAGUACAAAGCCAUCAGCAAACGCGCAGGCGGUUACUUGGAAGACUGGUCUGAAUGCCUAGCACAAGAAGCAGGCAAAGUUGCAAACAGCAAGGCGACCAAACGUGAAACAGAUGAUGAGGAUGCGGAAAGACCAGCAAAGAAAUCGAGAGGGUCAUCGGAGAAGGCAUCUGGCUCCUCCUUCAGCAUGGAGCAGUUGAAGGCAGCAAUUAAUGGUGGUGGCAUUAACAAAAUGACCGUGGUGCAGCUCAAGGACUUGCUUGCUACCAAGGGAAUGAGUACGGCUGGCAGGAAGAUGGAGUUGAUCGAGAGGGUUGAACAAUGGGUGGAAGAAAACUCCGGCAACAGCCAGGGCAUACUCCCCGGGGCAGGCGUUCGUGCACAAAGCCCAACCAGUCUGGUUGGUUGGCCUUCGCACCCAACCUCAUCCAUCAAAUCAGUGCCAUUUUCAUCGUCCGCGUCGGCCCAGUUGUUUGCGCGCCCGCAAACACCAGACACUGGCGUUGAAUGCCGAAACCGUCAGAAUCUCCCAUCGCCAGCAUACACAGAUUCAUCACCCCAGAAAGAGCCCUGGGCGGAUGACUAUAUUUCUCGGCUUCUGCGUCGAGUGCGACACCAUCCGAAUCGCGGGCAGUGCGCCAACACCAGCCCCGUUAUGGCCGAUUUCCUCGCAAGUUUGGGUUUUGGAGGCGCGCAAACAACAGCCGUGUCGAAUAAUUCGCAAUGCGAUUCCGUUGAGCAACUACAUAAUCAACUGCGAGGGGUCCUAGAUGCCAAGGUGACACCGACACGAGCCGAACAUGUUGCGAUUACUACAGAGUUGAGAGCCACAGUUCGGUUUCAAUUAACUGCGUCAGAGCUGGAGAACGGGAACCACGAGAAUCCAAAUAACCUCGAUCCUGCGUUGGGAGGAGCGCAAUCAACAGGAGUGAAUGGCGAUCAGGAUGCGGGGCAGCCAUCUCGUGUUGUUUUCGCGAACGACACUAUCAUGAACCAGCCCCAAGACGACCCAGCACUUCAAAGAUCAGUCGCCAAACAUAUUAUUUCAACAAUCAGUUCAGCAGACGGAAGUAUUUGGACCGUCCGGCAGGUGUCUAGAGGAGCACAAGGAUGGACCUUUACGUAUUUGUGCAAGGAUUCAUUCCAGCAUUGGAGCCGACAAACCGCCAAGAACCCAUUAAAGACAAUAGUAGGCGAGUUCAGUCAGAGAGAGCCAGACCCGACUCUGCACACCCGACCUGCGUUUGACUGUCGAGGAUCCAUCGUUAUUGCCUUCAACCGCAGCAGUCGUUCCAUCACAAUCAAAUAUGAUCAUACUCCUCUACACAAAACAGUCGCCGAACUUGCUGCGCACUUUAAACCGCCGCCUCGCCAACUAGGACCAGGUGCACAGAAACUGCAAGAACAGCAACAAAAGGCCAAGGAGAAGACACCGAAGAAACCAAGAGGCGAGAAGAAGGACAAGAAGGAGCGAAAGAAGCGGGACUCUGUCAAGGCGCAGGACGAGAAUGGCAACCCCCGAAAGCGAAAAAAGAAGACCAAUGGCGCAUCUCAGCCCGAAGUAACUGACGGAUCCAUGAUCCCCCUGGAUUAUCCUGGAGCGCCAGCGGUUGACGGCCAGACAGACCCCUCCUACAUGAAUGGUGGACAAGCGCCGGAUAACACUGGACAUCAAGGCUUUAAUGACUACCCCCAGGGACUGAUGGGAGACGCGUCGGGAGCUACAAACGGAACCGGAUCUCAACAAGCAGGCGGCCAACCUGGUUCCGUUACUUUCCCUGUCAACGUUUCAGCAGCCGAAGCAGCACGCCGACGAGAGGCAGCAACGACAAUGCUCAGCAAUGCCGGUGUAGAUCCCACGACUCUGUCACCUGAGCAAUUUGGGAUCUUCUCUAAUCAAGCACCCGAGUUACAGCGAGAGUCAUUGAACAUGCUUGUUAAGUACGGCGCGGAGCGUCUCCGGAUUGUCCACCCCAGCAACAGGGAGGGCUCAGCUCAGGCAAACGCUUCAACUGCACAGAGCAGCCAAAGUUCAACCGGACCAAGGACCACCAAAGAACUAGUGCCACAGUCUGGCGCUCAUGACAGCCCGAACACAGAUUCUGAGGCACAAGCUGCGUCUCAGACCGCCGACGACACCUCAUCCCCUAAGCGGAAAGCGAGGAAGAUGGGCAAGUCGAGAACAGCGUGCUUCCCGUGUAAAGCACAAAAGACCAAAUGCCCAAGGGAGCGACCGACUUGCACUGAAUGUUCAAAUAAUGGAACUGCAUGUGAAUAUGCACCUCAGAAGCCACGAAACAGAGGAAAGAAGACUAAGAAAUCGGAGGAGAUUGUUAUUGACGACGAUGAAGAAGAAGAGCAGCAGGAAGAUGCUGAAGACGCCGAAGACGCUGAAGCAGAAGGUGACGAGGAAGAGGACGACGACGAUGAGCAAGCCGCUUCUCAAGACUACUCGCAUCCACAGAUGAACAUCGGAAACAUGGUCACCAAUACUGAUACGACCACUCAAGAUAGCCACGCUACACAGAACAACUAUUAUCAAUAUACUUCAAGCCUAGCCGUGCCACAGGCUAAUCCCUACCCAAACAACCCACAACCGUUGACUACGGCAGCGUCACAGAGAAAUAACUAUUCUCACGCUCUACCCGAAGUAACACAGCCAGUCCACCACGUGCCACCUCCCAUUCCAGCACCAGCUGGAACUAUUGCACCCUCUGAGACAAGACGUUGGACCGCUUUUGGCAGUAGUGGACUUAAUGGCGGAAGCGACAGCGGCAAGGCAAGACGAGGUCUUCCAUCCGAGCCUCCUCGCCCGACGGCGCAGAGUCCAUCUACCACGAACGUGCAGCCAUCGAGCUGGGGGCAAAGUCAUAACACAACGAUGCCCGCAGUACCCGCAACGACCAUGGCAACUGUCUCGCCACAAAUGUCAUACGACUCGCGUUCUAGCCAGAGAAGCCGACAGAAGAGCCAGAGUCUGUCGAAUGAUACAGCUCAACAAGCAGCAGCAAUGACCAGUACAGCCAUGCAGCAGGCUCAAACUCAGGCUCAGGCUCAUGCGCAGGCUCAAGCACGUCAGUCACCAGUUGCAGCAGCAGCUAUGAUGGCACAGGCCCGCAAGUCUCCAUACCAGCAAGUCGCGGUCCCUCGCACGACUUCUAGAACGAGCCAGCGAAACCAAUCCCGAACACCAGUCACAGACCAGGCACGGGGCUACCAGCCUCCUCCUCCUGUUGACAUGAGUCAACAGCAAAGUGCACGACCUGGUGGCCAUUACGACACAUCAUCACACAUGCCCAGCGGCUCUGGCUAUAAUGACUAUGGGCGAUAUGGCGGAACCAAUACUGCGGCAAACCAUCAGGCAGCUAUGCCAGCAGCUUCGGCAACACCGAGCACUAUGGGGACGUCUUACCAAAGCAAGCCUGCGACCGCAAAUCAGUGGUCUGGUUCAUCAAGUCGAAACGAUCGUUCAUACGGUUCCAACUCUUCGUACCAAACACCAAACAUCUAUAUGCAGACACCAGCUACGAAGGCGGUAUCAGCUUCUGGCCAGAACUUUAAGAUGCGUCCGGGUACACAGCAGCAACAGCAGCAGCCGCAACAUCAACAACAGCCACAGCAUGCUCACGGCAGCAGCAACUCUUAUAGCCAACAGCAACAGGCAAACUAUCCAGCAUAUUCUGGAUCUACACAUCAGAACCAACAAGGCCAGACCUCCAACCAGCAGCAGCAGCAACAACCACCAAGCUGGUACUUUCAAAACUCGCACAACCCCUCCAUGCAUCCUGGGGGUCAGUCAUCUGGCUACAAUUAUGAGUCAUGGUCAGGCGUCUAA